CAUGUGUGACAACCUAACCUAACAAAAAAUCGAACUUUUCUGCUUUUUUGUGUUAAUUAGAAGAUUUUUCAAAUGUAAUUCAGCGUGUUGAUUUUGACGAAUUAUAAUAUUGUUUUUUGAAUCUCAAUAAGUUUUAAUAAAUAUGUCGCGAAUGCUGCUAAGAAAAUUAGUGAAACGAAUUAAAGAAGUUAGAAAAGUCAGUACUUGGUCGCCUCUGGCUACUUCUUUUAAUUCCAAAGGUGCAGAAAAACACGGAUUUAAAUUGUCAGGAAAGCAAACUGGAUUAUUUAGAAUACCUGAACUAGAAAAUGCAGAAGGUUUCGAAACACUCAAAAACUAUGCGAUCUCGCACGCAAAUAAUCUUAUCGCAGAAGCUACUAGUUCAGAUCGAAAAAGAAAAAUGGUCGAAGUUUUCGACGAGCUUUCCGAUACUUUGUGCAAAGUCGCAGACAUGGCAGAAUUCGUCAGGCUAGCUCAUCCUGAAGUAGCUUUUGCAGUCGCUGCAGAAGAUGCAUGUUUGGCAAUUAGUAGUAUUGUUGAAAAAUUAAACACGCAUCGAAAUCUGUAUAAUUCAUUGUUGCAUGUUGUUAAAAACGGAGACAUUGAAAAAACAACAGAAAUCGACAACCAUGUCGCAGAAUUAUUUUUAUUCGAUUUCGAACAGAGUGGAAUUCACCUUCCGGAAAAACAGAGACAAGAAGUUGUGGAACUAAAUGACUACAUCCUACAAAUAGGACAAAAGUUUACGUCGGCCGCUGUUGAUUCGAGAUCAAUGCGAAUAGACCUGUUACCAGAAUCAGUAAGAAAAUACUUUUCAGUUCAUGGAAAUCAAAUUUCCAUCAGUGGUCAUUAUGCUGACUCGCCUAGUGCUCUAAUGCGUGAAGCGACUUACAAAAUAUUUCUUCAACCCGAGAGAAACCAAGAAAAAUUACUACGGGAACUCUUAAACUCGAGACACGCCCUUGCUCAAAUUUGCGGUUUCCCUUCUUAUGCCCACAGAGCUGUAAAAGGAAGCACUGUGGAAACACCUGAAAAUGUAAUCGACUUUUUAAACAUUCUGAAUGCCGAAUUAAAGGAGAGAGCGGCAAAGGAUUUCGAGACGAUGCAAGAAAUGAAAAACAUUGAACAAUCCACUUUUAGUCAAGUGAUGCCAUGGGACACAACUUAUUUUACAACAAAAGCCAGAAAUUCGUGGCUACAAUUGUCGACUAUUGACUUUUCGCCAUAUUUUUCUCUGGGGGCUUGCAUGGAUGGAAUAAAUAUAAUAACGCAAUCAUUGUAUGGAGUUCGUUUAGAGGCCGAACCAAUUUUAAAAGGUGAAGUUUGGGCUGAUAAUAUUCACAAAUUGGCUGUGAUAGAUGAAAAGGAAGGAUUAUUAGGUCACAUUUAUUGUGACUUGUUUGAAAGAACCGGUAAACCAAAUCAGGAUUGUCAUUUUACUAUUAGAGGUGGACGAAGUUUAGCUGAUGGAUCUUAUCAAAAUCCAAUAGUGGUUGUGAUGACUUCAUUGCCUGUUUCCCGAUGGUCCAGCCCUUGUUUGUUGUCCCCGUCCUCUGUGGAAAAUUUAUUUCACGAGAUGGGACAUGCUUUGCACUCUAUGUUGGGAAGAACUCAAUAUCAACACGUAACUGGAACAAGAUGCAGCACAGAUUUUGCAGAAGUUCCCAGUAUAUUGUCGGAAUAUUUUGCUAGUGAUCCUAGAGUAGUGACACUCUUCGCCAAACAUUUUGAAACUCAAGAACCAAUUCCUCAGCAUCUGGCAGAAAAAUUAUGCGCUUCCAAAAGUGUAUUUCCUGCCUCUGACAUGCAGAAUCAAGUCUUUUACAGCAUGUUGGAUCAAGUUUAUCACAGCGGCGAACUAAAAUGCAACAGCAUAACUAUUUUAGAAGAUAUUCAAAAGGAAUAUUAUGGAUUGCCAUACGUGGAAGAUACGGCCUGGCAACUGAGAUUUUCCCACCUAGUUGGAUACGGAGCAAAAUAUUAUUCAUAUUUAAUAUCCAGAGCGAUCGCUUCCUGGAUUUGGCAAACCUAUUUUCAAAACGAUCCCCUGAGUCGAUCAUCCGGUGAAAAAUAUCGAAGAGAAUGCUUGGCUCACGGCGGCGGAAAACCUCCAUCUAAAUUAGUUUCCGAUUUUCUCAACAAAGAAGCGAGUCCCUCAAAUUUUGCGAAAUCUCUACUUAACGAAAUUGAUAUGAAAAACGACCAAGUACAAGUCAUGAAGAAGAAACUCUCCACAUGUUAGCAGUGGCGCGCAGUCAGUACGGAAAUGGUUUUUGAGUAACCAAAACAGAAAAAAAAAGAAAAAAAAAUAAAGAAAAAGAUUGAACCCCUUUUUUUAAUUCAAUCCACAAUUGCACGAGGAAUGGGUGCACUUUUGAAAACUCCGUCUAUACUAGUGUGCCAGAGAAAAAUCGUCUUUUUCAAAGACUCAAUUAUAUGCCUUUUUUUUGUAUCAAAAAGUAUUUAAAGAUCCUUCCUUACAACAAGAUUCCGUUAAUUUACACAGUAUCUUGGUGAUAAAGAAAUAUAAUUCUAUUCUCGACUCAGUCGAUCAAAAGUCAAUUUGUGGUUAGAUCAUAAGGCUUAGAAAAUAGAAAGUAAUGUACAAAUUAACAAAAAUGAUACACCACCUCCGGCUUAAGCCGAAGCCCAAGGUAGUGUUUGGCAUUAAAAAGCAAAAAAUAA